CAAACAUUUUUCAUGCGCCCGUCGUAUCAGUUUAAAUAAAUACGAGUGACAAAUCAGAUAUUGCUUACAAGGGUUAAAUGUGUCGUGUCAAUGAAUCAUAGUAGCAUUUGAUUUAUUGUUCUUCUAUUUAAAGGUGGUGCUUGAAUUCAUAUAACAACAUAUUCAGCUGCAAGCAGAAUGUACCUAUUUUGCUGGGGAGUUCUGUUGCAAGGCUUGGCCAACCAUCCAUAGUACUGUGAAAUCAGAUUUCCGUUAGAUAUAUUGCAAAGACAAGAUUUCCAAGAAAGGUGGGAACCAAACUUUGCGUCAAAUUGUUUAAGUUAACAUUCAGUACUUUAAAUAUCACAAAAUAAUUUUUAGAUAUCACAAAGUCAUUUAUGAUAUCUAAACUGCGAAAUCGUGAAAUCAAUGUUUUAUGAUAGCAAUAAAUAAUUAUCUUCUGAUAGCACAAAAUUUUUAUUCAAUUUAGAUUUAAUUAUUGAAUUAAUAUAGUCAGGAAUAAACAGUCGGACGUCGCCUCAGAAGUCUGGACUUAUGCAAGUUUUAUAGUGCGAGCCCAAAGAGACACCAUGCCGCAGUUAACAUGCAUACCCCAUUCAGACGAGCCGACAAGACCUUGUUUUACCCCCUUAAUGCCGAGCGCCAGGAAGGGUAACAACAAGUACCAUCGUUUAAGGUAUUCUGAUAUGACACGACCAGGGGAUCAAACCCCGGACCUUUCGUUCUCGAUUAUAAGACAGGUGUUCGACACUUAAAGGUCAUACAGUUUCAAAUUUAAAUGAGAGCUUUGAAUUCCGAUAACAUAAUUCAAAAGUUCAACAUCAUAGAUUAAGGUAAUAGCCUUCAUAAUAUAUCCUGCUACACUGAACUUAUACCCUCAGUAAAAUGUGUAAACAUUUAUUGUUUAAUGUUGUUUUCUGAAUUGCAAGAAAACGACUGUGUGAGUGUUUGAGUGAGUGAGUGAGUGAGCGAGUGAGCGAGUGACGCCGCAGCCAGUACUAUUCGAGCUACAUCACAUUGACCUGUAAUAUAUUUAAGUAUUGUCAGGACAAGAUACUGGCUUAUACCACGUACAAUGUUCACCUCUCCGAGUAUGAUAGCGCGCAAUAUAACCUUUCAUGGAGCCUUCGAACACUGGUCUAGUUGGUUUACAAGCACCAGCCUGCUGAGGAACGUUUCUAACCCGGCUCUCCACGAUAAUAAAACAUUUCAGCCACUCAGUGAGACGGAUAAUGUACAGCCAUGCAAUAUGGUUUUGUGUGUGAUCGAUGUAGGAUUAUGAGAUCAGUUCAGUACAUGUUGUCCUCGUGAGCUGGUUUCGAUCAAGGAGAAGGUAUAUGUAGAGUGGGCACAGUGUCUCCUCACACAAGUAAGCACGACUGUGCUGUUGCUACCAUUGACACACAGUUCUCUGCCUGAACAUGUGGAAGCCUGGCCGACUCUAUACUACCACCCUUGCUUGGAUAGCAUGCAUUCACUACAGUGUUGAUUCGGCGGAUCCCCCGUGUGUGGCAGGGGUGGCGGCGCUCCGUACAGAAUACACUAUUCAGGGGGACAGAAGCAACUACACUGGCUUCAUAUGGGUACGACCUUAUGAUAGCCGGUAUGUCGUCGUAUGUAACCCCAGCUGUAGCCCUGUGGCUGGAUACAGUGCAACGGUGAACGGCACACACUCUACACUCACUAUACACAGUGUUGGAACUAUAGAUGCUGGUACAUGGAAGAUCGUGGAUGCACUUGUAGUUGGAGCUGUCCCUGUCGACGUGUGUCAGCUGAGGGUGGCAAAACUCCCCCGGUGCAACGUCAGCAGUGAUGCAGACCCAACAGCCCUCCAGCCCAAUACAAACCUGACACUGACAGUAGACAUCAGAGAGUUCUACUGUUCACAAGAAGCUGGCUUUUAUCUUACUACGGGCAACGUCACGGAGAUGUUGAUGAAGUACAACGUCACUGACGUCAGCGAUGUUAUCACUUCCAGCACCUUCAGUGUGACACCAGCCCGACUCGGUGACGUCACAGUGAGCUAUACGUGUGACGUCAGCAGCUGGGAUGUAAACUGUGACGGUAUGAGGAGCCUUGGUGUUGGUUCGGCUGAUUCCCCGUGUGCGGGAGGAGUGGCACUGCUUUAUACGCAAUACACAAUUCAGACCGACAGAAGCAGCUUCACUGGCAUUGCGUGGGUACGACCCACUGACGGCCGGUAUGUCGUCACAUGCAACCCCAGCUGCAGCCCCGUGCCUGGAUACAGUGCAGACACAAAUGCUACACACAGAACACUGACUAUACACAGUGUCGGGGUGGUAGAUGCUGGUGUAUGGAAGGUCCUGGAUGCGGCUGUAGUUGGAGCCGUCCCUGUCCCGGCGUGUCGGCUGACGGUGGAGAAACUCCCCCGGUGCAACGUCAGCAGUGAUGCAGACCCGACAGCCCUCCAGCCCAAUACAAGCCUGACACUGACAGUAGACAUCAGAGAGUUCUACUGUUCACAAGAAGCCGGCUUUUAUCUUACUACAGGCAACGUCACGGAGAUGUUGAUGAAGCACAACGUCACUGACGUCAACGAUGUUAUCACUUCCAGCACCUUCAGUGUGACACCAGCCCGACUCGGUGACGUCACAGUGAGCUAUACGUGUGACGUCAACAGCUGGGAUGUAAACUGUGACGGUGUGAGGAGCCUUGGUGUUCGUUCGGCUGAUUCCCCGUGUGUGGGAGGAGUGGCCCUGCUUGGUACACAAUCCACUAUUGAGGGCGACAGAAGCAGCUUCACUGGCUUUGUGUGGGAACGACCCACUGACGGCCGGUAUGUCGUCACAUGCAACCCCAGCUGCAGCCCUGGGCCUGGAUACAGUGCAGAAAUAAAUGCUACACACAGUACACUGACUAUACACAGUGUCGGGAUGGUAGAUGCUGGUGUAUGGAAGGUCCUGGAUGUGGCUGUAUUUGGAGCCGUCUCCAUCCCCGUGUGUCAGCUGACGGUGGAGAAACUCCCCCGGUGCAACGUCAGCAGUGAUGCAGACCCAACAGCCCUCCAGCCCAAUACAAACCUGACACUGACAGUAGACAUCAGAGAGUACUACUGUUCACAGGAAGCUGGCUUUUAUCUUACUACAGGCAACGUCACGGAGAUGUUGAUGAAGCACAACGUCACUGACGUCAACGAUGUUAUCUCUUCCAGCACCUUCAGUGUGACACCAGCCCGACUCGGUGACGUCACAGUCAGCUAUACGUGUGACGUCACAAGGUGGGAUCUGAACUGUGAUGGCUUGAGGAGCCUAGUAAUGGAACUCCCCCAGUGCAACGUCAGCAGUGAUGCAGACCCAACAGCCCUCAAGCCCAAUACAAACCUGACACUGACAGUAGACAUCAGAGAGUCCUUCUGUUCACAGGGAGCUGGCUUUUAUCUUACUACAGGCAACGUCACGGAGAUGUUGAUGAAGUACAACGUCACUGACGUCAGCGAUGUUAUCACUUCCAGCACCUUCAGUGUGACACCAGCCCGACUCGGUGACGUCACAGUCAGCUAUAUGUGUGACGUCAGCAGAUGGAAUCUGAACUGUGAUGGUGUUAGGAAUCUGUCAUUGGAACUCCCCCAGUGCAACGUCAGCAGUGAUGCAGACCCAACAGCCCUCAAGCCCAAUACAAACCUGACACUGACAGUAGACAUCAGAGAGUCCUUCUGUUCACAGGGAGCUGGCUUUUAUCUUACUACAGGCAACGUCACGGAGAUGUUGAUGAAGCACAACGUCACUGACGUCAGCGAUGUUAUCACUUCCAGCACCUUCAGUGUGACACCAGCCCGACUCGGUGACGUCACAGUCAGCUAUACGUGUGACAUCAGCAGAUGGAAUCUGAACUGUGAUGGUGUUAGGAAUCUGUCAUUGGAACUCCCCCAGUGCAACGUCAGCAGUGAUGCAGACCCAACAGCCCUCCAGCCCAAUACAAACCUCACACUGACAGUAGACAUCAGAGAGUCCUUCUGUUCACAGGGAGCUGGCUUUUAUCUUACUACAGGCAACGUCACGGAGAUGUUGAUGAAGCACAACGUCACUGACGUCAGCGAUGUUAUCACUUCCAGCACCUUCAGUGUGACACCAUCCCGACUCGGUGACGUCACAGUCAGUUAUACGUGUGACGUCAACAGAUGGAAUCUGAACUGUGAUGGUGUUAGUAACCUAUCAUUGGACCAAGUCGUCCUUGUAAAACCUACGUGUUUCUACUGCACAAGUCACACAGAGUCAAGUCUCAACAUACAGUGGGUAUACCCCGGAAACACACUGUACAGCCUUACGUAUGUUAUCAACUAUCGCCUCAAUGACAAGGAUGGCAUUGAUGACAGAACUAUCACGAUACCGACUGACAAGUCGGAAACAAUAUACACCACUACACUAACAGAGCUUCAGGAAGACAAUCUGUACUACUUCCGGCUGGUUGUUGAUGGCGGGUAUUUAGGCCAAAGCGAGGCUGUCUCUACCACGUGCUUCACGAGACACUCAGAAGGAUCGGAAUCUUCCGUAUCGUCAAUGGGUGUUGGCGUUGUCAUGGGGAUUGGAGUCAUGCUGGUUGCUCUGGCUGUGUGUCUGGGUGUUGAGUUCGCCUUCAGAAGGAAAUUAGCAGCUAUUUAUUCGGGGACAGACAGUGCUGAAAACGAUAGACAAAUCAAAGUCCAGGUCUCCCAGUCAUCGCAAGGAAGGGACAGUUCUGUCUACAGCCAAACAGAAGAAUGUACGUAUGAAGUUCCAUCGCCACAGAACCUGUAUGAACUACAAUUACCAUAUAACCCGUAUGAUGACCUUAAGCCGCAGCCCGUCUCCGUGACUUACGAAGAGGUGAAGAACGUGUCAUACUAGAAUGCUCGUGCAGAACGCAGAGGCCAUCACUCAGUCGACAUUUCUUCUUUCCAGAAAUUGUUCGACAACCGCUUCUCAUAUGUGAGGUGUGGUGAAAUAGGGUUAAACGUCGCGUUCAAGAUUAUUGCACUUACAUGCACGUGUGUGCUUAUAUGUGUGGUUGCUUGUACUAGUCCAG